UCAUAUGUCUCCCUCCGUUACCCCACAAAAUGAAAGAUCCACUUUUUAUCACCACUUUGAACGUCAACCCUAAGUUCCACUAGCUCCUCGGACAUGGUAGAGAAGACUGAACUGGAAUGGGAUAAACGUAUUCCCUUGCUUCUACAACCACAAAUGGAACCCACUUCACCUGAUAUCCAGUCUCACCUCAAGAAAACCGGGAAUCAAUGGACGGCUGUAGCACAUAUCAUAACAGGAGUAAUAGGUGCUGGUGUUUUAUCACUUGCAUGGAGUGUUGCACAGCUAGGUUGGAUUGCAGGGCCGUUGACCAUGCUUAUCUUUGCAUCAAUCACCUUCCUUUCCGCAUCUCUUCUCAUCAAUUGUUAUAGGUAUCCUGAUCCUGAUAUUGGCCCUUCUAGAAACCCUUCUUAUCUUGAAUCCGUUCGAGUUAUACUAGGAAAGAAGUCUGCUGCUGUUUGUAGUGUCUUUCUUCGCCUCAAUUUCCUCAAGCUCGGCAUCGUAUACACCAUUACUUCUGCCACCAGCAUGAGGGCAAUUCUGAGAUCCAACUGCUACCACUUUAAAGGACACAAAGCACCUUGCAGAUAUGACAAUAUUACUGUAUACAUGGUCUUGUUUGGUCUUAUUCAGAUUGUACUUUCUCAAAUACCCAAUUUUCAAGAGAUGCAGUGGCUUUCAAACAUUGCUGCUGCCAUGUCAUUUUCUUACGCGUCCAUCGGGUCAGCACUUAGCCUAGGGAGAGUUAUAGAAAACGGGGAGGUGAAGGGUAGUAUAGAAGGGGCACCAACUAAUACCACAAUAGAGAAGAUAUGGUUGAUUGCUCAAGCUCUCGGAAGUAUUGCUUUCGCAUUUCCUUUUGCCAUCAUUCUGAUUGAGAUUCAGGGUACUCUGAGGCCGCAUCCACCGGAGAAGGUGACUAUGAAGAAGGCCUCGACAAUUGCAAUAUGCACAACAACAUUCUUUUACUUGUGUUGCGGCGGAUUUGGGUAUGCAGCCUUUGGAAGUUCUGCCCCGGGGAAUAUUUUGACAGGGUUCGGGUUCUAUGAGCCAUAUUGGCUCAUUGACUUUGCUAAUGUCUGCAUCAUUACCCAUCUAGUUGGGGCAUAUCAGGUAUUUAGUCAGCCAUUGUAUGCUGACUUGGAAGGAUGUAUAACAGGAAAGUACCCUAACAGUAGUAUGAUAAACAGCAACUACACAUUGAAAGUUCCAAUCCUCUCAGUUUUCAGAUUAAAUCUCCUCCGAUUAAUUCUCCGGUCUGCAUAUGUUUGCUUAGUAACUGGAGUUGCAGUUGCUUUCCCUUAUUUUAACCAAGUGGUGGGAGUAGCCGGGGGUCUUAAUUUUUGGCCGCUGGUUAUAUUUUUUCCAGUGGAGAUGUACUUUGUCCAGAAGAAAACCGCCUCCUGGACAGCUAAGUGGAUCCUCCUUCGGCUAUACACGGUUGUGAUGUUGUUUGUCUCAUUGUUCUCGUUAGUUGGAUCAGUUCAAGGACUCAUAAAGGCUAGGUUUGGGUGAAGAGUAAUGUUCAUUCACCUUAAUAUCUAAGUGUUUAUAUUAUUUGAACUAGUCAUCUAUCAAUGUUUAUGUAUUAGACUUAAUUUAAAUGUUAAUUAGACUUGCUGUUUUUAUUGAAAGCUAGCUU